AUGCGGCCAGUCCGUUGCUACGUCGUGCACUUCCUUCGCAUUCCAUCUUGCCAUGGUUCAGCCCCGCCAUUCUUUUAUCCGCUCUCACCACCCUCCCCCUCGUAUCCCCCCUUCGCUUCCGUCGCCCUCCCUAUUAACAAAGGAGAAAGAGAGAGCGAGAGAGAAAGAGAGAGCAUAGCAGUCGCAGUCAUGUCUCUCAUUGCACACACGUCGACGAGCGAAUGGGCGCUCGCCGCCUCCACGCUGCAAUCGUUGCCGCCCGCAUCGCUGGCGUCCGAACUGUCUGCGACGGCAGGCCCAUCGGCGUGGACGCCGCUACAUUUUGUCGCGGCCGCAUCACUGGCACCGGCAUCGCUGAUGGAAGCGCUUCUAGCGGCAGGCGCGCCGAUCGACGCGCGGGCGUCGUCUGGCUCCACACCGCUACAUCUUGCAGCGUGGCACGGAUGCACCGAGCACGUGGAGCUGCUUGUUGCGCGCGGCGCAAGUGUGACGGCGCUGACGCGGGCGGGGCGCGGACCACUGCACUUUGCAGCGAGACGAGGGCACGCCGAGGUGAUCAUGGCUUUGGCGAGGGCAGGGGCAGACUUGAAUCAAACAGACGCCAAGGGGAUGAGCGCGCUGCACUUUGCGGCAGACGGUGGGCAUAUGGAGGCUGCGAAAGAGUUGCUGCAGGAAGGGGCGUUGGUGAUGAAGGCGGAUGACGGAAGGACAGCUGCGGAUGUGGCAAAGGGAGAGGUCGGAGUGGUGCUGGGGGAGACGAUGGGGGGAGUGGGGAGGACGAGGGAAAUGAGCGAUUUGGGGAGGGAGGUAGGAUGGUGGAGUGGGAGGAGGCUGGUGAGUGCUCUAACGAUGAGGGCCACUGAGGCGGUGAGGGGUGUGUGGAAGGCGGAAGGGGAAGUGGGGCGAAUGGAUUGUGAGGAGAUUGCCGAGGCAAUGUGUGAGUUUGCCGGGAGAGGACAAGAGGAGGGAGUCAGGCGAGAGUAUGAGGCUAAGAUUGUGGAGGGGGUGAUGAGGUAUCGGUUGAGCGGAGUGGGGGUGGUGGCAAAGCGACCGACGGCGGAGAAGUUGGUGACAGAGGUAGUGGGGGUAGAGAGUGGGGCGUUGUUCUAUGCGUUGGUUGAUUGGGUGGAAAGGGCAAGGGAGAAGGAGAAGAAAGAGGGCGUGGGGAAGGAGGUGUACGCCGCCGUCGGGGCGGGCGUGCUUUGCGGGUUGCUCAUGCCAAUUGGGAGGAAGUGAUUCCUGAGGAGAGGGCAUUUUUGCAACUUCAAUUGCCUUUCUUGCUUUCUUCAGGUCUCUUCUCGCUCCUCGUGGAGAAGCACUGGCUGUAAAGGAAACUCAAGGCA